CCUUCAGUUAAGAGCAGAACAAGCAACUAUCUAACAAAAAUGUUUUUCAAAAUCGCAGUUGCCUUGCUCUUUGUCGCUGCUGUUUCUGCUAGUCACUAUGAAGAACAUGAGGAGCAUCAUGAUCCAAUUCCAUACAAGUUUGGUUAUGAAGUGAAGGAUCAUGAAGGCUCCCAACACAGACAUGAAGAAGGAGAUGGUCAUGGUCAUGUCAGAGGGAGCUAUGGAUACGUUGACCAUAAAGGCAUCCACCGAGAAGUUCACUACGUUGCUGACAAAGGUGGUUUUCGUGCCGAGAUCAAGACCAACGAACCAGGAACAGCCAAUCAGGAUCCCGCUCAAGUCAAAAUCCAUUCUGAUGCAUCCUAUCAUCAUCAUCACGAGCCUCAUCAUGUGCAUGAUGAUAUUCAUGAUAAUCAUGGUCAUGGUUACGCUUAAAAUGGUAUUCGUCUCAUGAUGAAGUGGCAUAUAUUGUCUGCAACGGAAAAUGUUCUCAAUGUUCGCAGAGUGUGAUAUAAAGCAUAAUGAUAAAAAUUUCAUAUUUAAAAUUCGAAAAAUAUGAAAUUUGAUGAACUCGAUAUCUAUAGUGCCAAAAACAUUGUUCGUUUUGCUUGAUUGCUUAAAAUUCUUUUAUUUUAUUAAAAAAAAUUAUAACUUCUCAAAACAAUUUAGGUAAUUUAGCAAAAAUAGAAAAUCAAAAUUUCA